AUGCUGCACUCUGAAGAAACAUCAGCGGCAACUGCCGUAACAAGUCUGAAGAGAAAACGAAUAUUAUCAGCAGAAGAAAUACAUGCGGCAGAAGUGUACUAUCAACUCUCACUACAGUAUCAAUGGCAACUAUUUCAAUCUCUCUCUACAUUACAGUCUAAUAAUAAUAAUAAUGACAGUGAUAAUCAGGCGGAGCAAGCAAAACUUACACUCGGUCGAUGGAUAAACACAAUGCUCGCCAGUCAUUUACCUCAAGAACCGCAGGGAAAUAAAGAAAAUCAACAAUAUAAAGAAAAGUACUCUUAUGGAGAUGAUUUGCGAGAGUUGUUUUUGCGGCUGCAGCAUCAGCAGCAGUCUUUUGCAGAUAAUAACAAUACCUAUGGGAAGCGUGGAAGAAAUGUAGAGGUAUUGCAGUAUUAUAUGCCAAAUAUAUGGAGUCUUCUUAUAUGA